CUCGACUAUUUAGAGAUGAUUAAAGCUAAUCCCUCCUCCCGCCUAAACAAAGGUCCAGCGUCCAAUCCAGGAAAAUGGCGCCAGCAUUUUCAUGGCUCAAAACAGACGAAACAGCAAAAGAGGCACUCCUCAGGAUCCUCACGGAGCGGCCAUCCGUCGUUUUGCCGCCGCCGCUCCACCGGCUACCCCUCCGAGCCGGCAACGUCGUCGAGAUUGCGGGGCCAUCUCCUUCCGCCAAAACCCUAAUCCUCACUCAGGCUGCGAUUAGCUGUGUUUUGCCUAAAGAACGUAAUGCCGUGCAAUACGGAGGUCUUGAGCGCAAUGUGUUCUUUAUCGAUUUGGACUGUCGUUUUGAUGCUGUGAGCUUUUCACGUGCUCUAGAAAGCCGAAUUAAUGGGGCUAAUGCUGGAUUGUUCUCGCAUGUUUCUUUAGGAUUAAGAAGCAUGAAGCGAAAUGAAAAGGAAUAUGAUAAGGAGUUUUUUGUAUCGUGUAUGAGGCGAUUCAUGUACACCCGAUGUUACAAUAGUUUCGAGUUUCUUGCCACUCUUAAGUGGAAGGGAACAGAACCUGUAGUGGUUUCUGUAAUUUACACUAAUGUAUCUAUUUUGGUGAAACUUCACCUGUUAUUGCAGACACUUCAUUAUCAGAUUUUGCGAGAUAAGGAAAAGCAAGGCACUACUGCUUAUAUGCUAAUAAUUGACAGCAUUGGAGCUUUUUACUGGAUGGAUCGUGCUUUAUCAUCUUCAUCAGCAGGGACCAACAAUAGGAAAAGCCUCUCUCUUCAGACAAUAACAGAAGCAAUAGUUCAGGAAAUCCAGAGGCUUCUGCAGGUGCAUCCCAUGCUUGUUUUAGCUGCCAAAUCAGCUACAUUUGGCGACAUGCAAUCAGCAUCUGAAGUAAUAAGGAAUCCAGGAAAAUGGGCUGACGAGCAGUCGUUAGAUUCAUGUGGUCCUCGGAGCAUACUGUCACAUAGAGACUACAUGCCAUCUGUGUGGCAGUCCUUUGUUUCCCACAGAGUGCUUUUGCGGCCUUCAGAUAGUGAAAGCAAAUAUCACAACCGUCCUGCUUUUACCACAGAAUGGCUUUUGCCACCACUCAAGUUCUCAGAUGGAUGGUGUUAUCGCUAUUUCAUGAACUGGACGGGACUUGGUGCAGUUGCCAGUUGGCCCUUGGAAGCUCUUUACCAUUCUGUAGCAUAUUUGAGUUUAUGUUCUUGAGCUUGAUUUUCCAAAAAAUCAAUAUUCUUUCUGAUGACCAAGGUUAAGGAGGGCAAUGGUGUAAUUUUCUCUUGAGACGAAGAAAUAGAAAAAUGAUUAUAACUUCUCUGCCUUUUUUCUCAGAUACUGUAGUUCACAGACUCGAAUUUUACACGAUUAAAUCAGAAUCUAAUAUUAAGUAGAAAAUGUUUGGAG